UGGUCAGGAGAUUACUGAGCAGUUUCAUGCUACUAUGGUGGAAAAGAGCACUUCUGUUCUCCAAGAAGCAACAUCGCAGCUUCCCCCGGAGACCCCGAUCGAGGACAUCACGAUACCUGAGGAUGUAGGUUUUCAGAUCAUGACUGAUGUCCUGGAUCAGAACUUAGGUCGUCGUCGUGGCAAGGUUGUUCGGUGUAUGGGGAAAGCACAGAUUCGUGAAAUGGGUGCCUCUUCUUCCAGAUCAAACGCAGAGGUAGAUGCAUUGAAGGAGGAAGUGACAACCCUAAAGGCCCAGGGCGAGCAGAUGAAGGAGCAGCUGAGGGCCCAGGGCGAGGAGAUGAGGUCAUAUGGCGGGGCGUGGAGAGACCUUGUACAAGCCAUACAGAUGUCCGGCCUUCAAAUCUCACUACCAGCACUUCAUCUUGGUCCACCUUCGACCUCAGAGCCACCUCGCCCUGCUGAUACCUAAUAGCUUGAUGUAUUAAACCUAGUUCACUUUUAGUUUUUUCUUUUUUGUUCGGAUCUUGUAUGUACAUUUUCAUAUAUUUUAUAAUUAA